AUGCCCUCGCAUACCGACGAUGGCGGCUAUCCCGCAUCUUCGAGUUCCCCCAGUGGGUCGGUGACCUUCUCCGUGGCUGCUACGGGCAAUGACUAUGUUUCCGACGGCGCCAGUGCCUCCCAGAGUGCCUCUCGGCAUGCUUCUUAUGGCGUACAAAGUGCUUCUCGGAAUGGAUCGUACGCCACUGCUUAUCCGACUGCGUCCCGGAAUGGCACCUAUACCACUUCUUCGUCUGCUAUCAUUUCUUCUGCUCCGUACUCGAGAAACGUGAGCUCGUGGUCCUCCUUCAGCUCCGUCUCCCGCUCGACAUCAGUGUCGUUUAGCAGCUCGACCGCAACUAGCUCAACGUCAUCAACUCCAUCAGCCUGCGCAUACUGGCUUGAGGAUAUGAAAGCAGAAGGGAUUGCAUCCUUCAACGCGGACCCCAAUGGCUACAAGGUUUUCCGAAAUGUCAAGGACUUUGGUGCUAAAGGAGACGGAAUGACAGAUGACACAGCGGCUAUCAACGCUGCUAUUAGCUCCGGUGAUCGAUGUGGACCGGGUACCUGCGCAUCUUCAACCACCACUCCAGCCCUUGUUUAUUUCCCCAAUGGCACGUAUCUUAUUUCCGAUUCCAUUGUCGAUUAUUACUACACCCAAAUCGUCGGUAACCCCAACUGCAUGCCUGUCAUUAAGGCCAGCUCAGGCUUCUCCGCUCGUUGGGUGAUUGAUGGAAAUAAGUAUGGGGCGAAUGGACUUGGUUGGGGUGCAACUAACGUAUUCUGGCGUCAAAUUCGUAACUUGGUCAUCGACAUGACCUCAGUAUCACCAUCACUCUUGGUAUCAGGAAUCCACUGGCCCACUGCUCAAGCAACAUCAUUGGAAAACAUUGUUGUCAAAAUGUCAACCGUGAAGGGAACCCAACACGAGGGCUUGUUUGUCGAGGAGGGCUCUGGCGGUUUCAUGAACGAUCUAGUAUUCGAUGGUGGUCUGCAUGGAAUGACCGUGGGCAACCAGCAAUUUACCAUGCGUAACUUGACGUUCAACAACGCCGUCACCGCUAUUCAACAGCUUUGGGACUGGGGUUGGACGUAUAAAGGAGUCAAGAUUAACAACUGCGAAACCGGCUUGAAUAUGUCUGGUCUUACCGCAGCAGGGGCUCAGAAUGUCGGAUCUGUUGUCUUUAUUGACAGCGAGAUUAGCAACACACCUGUAGGCAUCUCCAUGUCUCGCAAUACCACCUCCACACCGGCAUCGGGCGGAAGCCUUAUUCUAGAAAACGUUGUUCUCAACAAGGUUCCUGUCGCUGUACAGGGCCCAGGCAACACCAUUGUGCUGGCUGGAUCGUCUGGAGCGAGCAGGAUUGAUGGGUGGGGUCAAGGUCGAGGAUAUACGCCUGAGGGACCGAACGUGUUCCAAGGCCCGAUCGUCGGGAACGACAGACCAGCAAGGCUGACGACGGGAAGCGAGUUCUACGAGCGCUCGAAGCCCAGGUACGAGCAGGUGCCAUCAUCGCAGUUCGUAAGUAUUCGCGCAGCUGGUGCAAAGGGUGAUGGGAAGACGGAUGAUACGGAUGCUAUCAACAGUGCCUUGGCUCUCGCGGCGGCUGCUGGCAAGAUCGUCUUCUUCAACGCCGGAUAUUACAAAGUGACCAAGACUAUCGUCGUGCCACCAGGAUCCAAGGCUGUUGGAGAAGCUUUCCCGGUCAUCAUGUCUUCGGGACCGUACUUCGCCGACAUGGCCCAUCCCCAAGUUGUGGUUCAGUUUGGCUUGCCAGGCCAAAGUGGUGUCAUCGAAUGGUCUGACAUGGUGAUAAGUUCCCAAGGAGCCCAAGCCGGAGCCAUACUCAUUGAAUGGAACCUGGCGUCACACGGAGGUGCACCUUCGGGCAUGUGGGAUGUUCAUACUCGGGUGGGCGGCUUCACGGGAAGCAAGCUUCAAGUCGCCGAAUGCCUCAAGACGCCCAACACCACAAUCACCCCUUCCAAUAUUGCCAAGGAUUGUAUCGCUGCUUUCAUGAGCAUGCACAUCACCAAGUCAGCGUCGGGUCUCUACAUGGAAAACUGCUGGUUGUGGGUUGCGGACCAUGACAUCGACGAUGCGAAGCUCACGCAGAUCACCAUAUAUGCUGGGCGCGGUCUGCUCAUCGAGAGCAUUGCGGGAGGGAUCUGGCUGUAUGGCACGGGAGUUGAGCACCACGUGUUGUACGAGUACCAGUUGGUGAACACCAAGGACGUGGUGAUGGGCCAGAUACAGACUGAGACGGCAUAUUACCAGCCCAAUCCUGACGCGACAAAUCCCUUCCCGGUCGUCUCCACCCUCCAUGAUCCAGUCAUCGCGAAGGGGGCGAGUGGAUGGGGCCUUCGCGUUGUGGACAGCAGCGAUGUGCUCGUGUACGGCGCCGGUCUGUACAGCUUCUUCACAAACAACAACGUGGAGUGCUCUAACCAAGGAAACGCAUCCAAGUGCCAGUCGCAGAUCCUAUCGUUCGAGAAGAGUAAGGUAUCGGUGUACAAUCUAAAUACGGUGGGGGCGACGUCAAUGGCCACGAUCGAUGGACAUGAGGUGGCAAGUUGGGCCGACAACCAGAAUGGGUUUGUCUCGACCGUGGCUCUCUUGAGAAUUUGA